UCAUCAUCACGAAAUCUUUCGCGGAUUUAUAUACAGAAGAAAAGAUCGCAUGUCAUUAUUAUUUUCAGAAUACCUUAAGGAGAUUCUAAAGAAAAUGGCUGCUUCUCGCAUAAUUUUCUUCUAUAUUCUUAUUCUAAGUGCUAUUUUCUUUUUAUCGGAUUCAAAUUCUGUACCAGAGACAAGAUCUCGAGCUCGGAGAGCUUUCGAUCAGAUGGAUGAAGGACUCAUAAGUCGACUCGUCACUUUUCUUGGUACACCAAUACAUCUAAUUAUUGAUCUUUUAGAUUGCUUCGAUCAAGAAGUAGAUCACUUGAAAUGCAAUUUCAAUUUCUCCAUUGAUCCGUUCUACGUAGUCAAACAGUGUUCUUUGAAAAACGAUGAGCUGAAAAUUCUUUUUGACAGAAUUAAUAAGGUGCUUCCUCCAAUCAAAGCAAAUCUUGCCUUUCCUGCUAUAAUAUCAAAGGAUGUGUGUUUUGGAGAAAUACCACCAAAUUUGCUAGCCAGUUCACCCGAUUAUUUAAACGCACAGCCUCUUGGUUCCAAAAUAGCCGCGGAAGCUGGAUUAUUUGGCAUCGCUCUGAGAGAUGUCUUAGAUGUAUUUGUGUCAAAAGUAUACGCCGCAUUAAGACCUGUUUUACAUGCUGUUUUAUCAUUAGGUAGAAGGCUAAAUGUACCUUCAAUGUGAGUGAAUUUUCUAGUUCUAGUACUUUGGCUGGGAUAUGGCAGUAGACUAAUAGAUUUGGCAUUGGCAAGGCCGAAAUCUGACUAAAGCCUUCAGAAAACCUUAAUAAAAACUUAAUAUCUUAAAGAA